CAUAGACCUAAACUCAUACACAUUUUUCGAAACAAUGUCAGGAGGCGCAGUACCUACGACCGGCCUUGUUGGUCCGCCAGCAACGAUAGCCGAUCCGAACAACAAUCCCGUCGCAACUAAUGUCGCCGACAUCAAGGCACACUCGCCCGCUGCUAAUGGCCUUGGACCCUUGGUUCGUAUGCGCAUCUUGAAGCCCGCCAACCUUCCCGAUCACCCAGAUCUCGCCGCACACCAAACCGCCGGCGAACAGCCCCAGUUAUCUGCCUUCCUACACAACGUCCUCUCCGAAGGCUACGCCUUCACAACUCAAUAUUGGCCUAAACACUUCACCGUCAAGGCGCGCGAUAAGCCCUCACCGCCCAGCACCGCCCGAGUUGAAGUCGUCACGCACGAGAUCCAGAGCUCGGAGCUGCCUGUUCAUGCCCGCGCUGAAGAUGGACGGACUGUAGAAAACUGGUGUGGACGUACCAGCAUCCAUGAGAAUGCUGCCAAGGCCGGCACCGCCAGCUGGGAGGAGUUCGACGGCGGCCUGCGCCAAGACCACAGCCAGCACGAGAAGGACUACACGCCGCUCCUGUUUGAUGCACACGAGGUGCUCUCGUGGCCGGUAGAGGCGCAGGUCGGACCCGAGGGUGAUGUCUGGAACGAAGCGCGUGCGGUGGUGAUGGAGAUGGCCCAUAACAUGCCUGGUCCGCUCGGACAACGGAUUUUCCGCGUGUUAGUCGUUACGGCGAAGCGUGAGGGCGAGUUCUUUGUGGCGCAAAUCCCGGUGGACACAACACACAUGUCGGGCUCCAAAUACCGAAACGACGCGAAGAUGACGGAAGGUGUCUACUGUAGUGUUGAGUAUGGGUCACUCCUGGAGAACGGGACCAAGGUUAAGUGGCAGAUGGCGACCGCGAGUGACGCAGGCGGCUCUUUGCCUAUGUGGGUCCAAAAGGUGGGCAUCCCUGGUGCUGUGACGAAGGACGUUGGCUUCUUUAUGGAGUGGGUUGAGAAGGUACGCAAGGGUCAAGCGUAAAUGCCCGUUUUAUAUGUAUGCUAUUCGGGCACUCUCCUUCGUUGGUUGAGGCGAGAACAUGACCGAGCAACGAUACCCGGGAACGAACUACGUGUAAACUUCCAUAAUGAGACCAAAGCUGGGACACCACGAGCGCAAACAUACAAGCAAGUUGAAUUAUAUUUCGAUGACCUGUGGUCAUAUACGCGAUGGAGCUGUAGAAAUACAUAGGACCAGACAUGCUUAUCCUGCAUGUCGAUAACCCGCAAAACCGAGGACAGAGCCAUUGCUUGUCCUUUGCACAGGAAGCUGCCGCAUCAUCCAGAUGCUAUGCCGAGAACUCCGUGCGCCCCAUGAAUUUACUCAGCAGGGUAUAUCUUGUAUUCCCAAACCUCCGUUACGCCAACAUAGCAACAAAUGAAUCAGGAGCAGGGAUAUUGUUAAGUUGAGGAGCGUCGAGUUGACUGUAUUCAG